CACGCACGUCAGCCGGUUGAUUGACGUUAGGCAAAUUGUGUGUAUGUACGGUUUUGUGGAAGUGAAUUUAUCCUUUGUAACUCCACAGGAGCCGGUCGAAAUGCUGACUAAAUUUGAAACUAAGUCAGCCAGGGUCAAAGGGAUAUCCUUUCAUGCUAAGCGACCAUGGAUUUUGGCUAGUUUGCACAAUGGCGUGAUUCAACUGUGGGAUUACCGUAUGUGCACUUUAUUGGAGAAAUUUGAUGAACACGAUGGUCCUGUACGUGGCAUUUGCUUCCACUGCCAACAACCCCUCUUCGUGUCGGGUGGCGAUGACUAUAAGAUUAAGGUGUGGAACUACAAGCAACGGCGCUGCCUGUUCACACUGCUGGGCCACUUGGACUACAUCCGUACUACAUUCUUCCACCAUGAGUACCCUUGGAUUUUGAGUGCGUCUGAUGAUCAGACAAUAAGAAUAUGGAAUUGGCAAUCCCGCCAAUGCAUCAGCGUGCUCACCGGGCACAAUCAUUACGUAAUGUGUGCCCAGUUCCAUCCAACUGAAGAUCUGCUGGUCUCCGCUUCACUCGACCAAUCUGUCCGUGUUUGGGACUUCUCUGGGUUAAGAAAGAAGAGUGUGGCACCUGGACCUACAGGCUUAGCGGAACAUCUAAGAAACCCACAAGCCACAGACUUAUUUGGACAGGAAAAAACUGUAAGUAACCCUUGCGAAUGUCGAAGUAUGUGUCGUAAAUGCGUUUUUAAAUGUAUCUGCACGGUAAAAAUUGUUGAGGCUGACGCGGUGGUGAAGCAUGUGCUGGAAGGUCACGACCGCGGAGUCAACUGGGCGUCGUUCCAUCCCACGCUACCGCUUGUCGUUUCCGCUGCCGACGAUCGCCAAGUCAAGCUGUGGAGAAUGAACGAUGCUAAGGCAUGGGAAGUAGAUACGUGCCGUGGCCACUACAAUAACGUAUCCUGCGUUUUGUUCCAAGCCAAGCACGAGCUCAUUCUUUCCAAUAGCGAGGACAAAUCGAUCCGCGUCUGGGACAUGACUAAGCGAACCUGCCUUCACACUUACAGAAGGGAACAUGAGAGAUAUUGGGUACUAGCGUCCCACCCAACUCUUAACCUGUUCGCCGCUGGGCAUGACGCUGGGAUGAUACUAUUCAAGCUGCAGCGCGAAAGGCCUGCCUAUGCCGUGCAUAAUAACAUCCUCUUCUAUAUCAAAGACAGACAACUCCGUAAAUUGGAUAUGCAGACCAAUCGCGAUUCCCCCGUGAUGCCGAUUAAGGGAGGCGGUCGUCACCAACCUUAUAGCAUGUCCCUGAACCACGCGGAAUGGUGUGUCUUGGUGAACUGGCGCGUGGGCGACAACAGCUCGUACGAGCUGUACGCGGCUCCACGCGACGGCGCCGAUGCGCCCGCGGCGGAACCUGCACGCGGGGCCGCCACCACUGCCAUUUGGGUGGCCCGGAACCGGUUCGCGGCGUUGGAGAAGAACAAUCAGCUGGUUAUAAAGAACUUAAAGAACGAGGUAUCAAAGAAGAUAUCCACCCCAACAUGCGAAGAGAUCAUGUACGCAGGCACUGGAAUGUUGUUGUUACGAGAACCGGACUGCAUUCAGUUGCUGGACGUGCAGCAGAAAAGGACUGUUGCUAGCGUUAAAGUCAGCAAAUGCCGCUACGCAAUCUGGAACUCGGACAUGUCCCUUGUAGCUCUGCUAGGAAAGCACACAGUGACGCUAUGUACGAAAAAGCUUGAACAACUAUGUACGAUCACUGAGGGAGCGAGGGUGAAGAGUGGUGCCUUUGACGAUAGCACGCCACAACCCGUGUUUAUAUACACUACGGCUAACCAUAUCAAAUACUGUUGCCGGGAUGGGGACUACGGCAUAAUCCGCACCUUGGACGUACCCGUGUACGCUGUGAAGGUGCUGGCCAGCGAGAGUGGUGCGAGGGUGGUCUGUCUCGACCGCGAGUGCCGGCCCAAGGUGCUCAACAUCGACCCCACGGAGUACAGGUUCAAAUUGGCUCUGGUGACGCGUCAGUACGAUCAGGUGCUGCACAUGGUGCGGACUGCCAAACUUGUUGGACAGAGCAUCAUCGCCUAUCUGCAGGAGAAAGGUUACCCGGAAGUGGCUUUGCAUUUCGUAAAGGAUGCUCGCACUCGUCUGUCUCUGGCGCUGCAGUGUGGCAACAUCGACGUGGCGCUUGAAGCGGCCAAGAGCCUCGACGAAACUGACGCCUGGGACAAGCUGGCCAAGGCCGCUUUGGCCACCGGAAACCACCAGAUAGUAGAGAUGUGUUACCAACGCACGAAGAACUUCGAUAAACUGUCGUUCCUGUAUCUCAUAACUGGUAACCUGGAGAAGCUGCGCAAGAUGAUGAAGAUCGCUGAAAUUCGCAAGGACGUGUCCUCUCAGUUCCAAGGAGCUUUGCUACUCGGCGACAUCAAGGAGAGGAUACGGUUGUUGAAGAAUGCUGGCCAGCUCUCUCUAGCGUACCUAACGGCAAUAAACCACAAGCAAGUGGAAGAAGCUGAGCAGCUCCGUUCAGCGCUCGAAGCGGCGAACCUUCCCGUACCCGAGGCCAAUCCGAACGCGGUGUUUCUGCGCCCGCCCCUGCCUGUCGUCAAGGCUCAGCCUAAUUGGCCCCUGCUUGCCGUUUCCAAGAGCUUCUUCGAGGUGGCGGGCGGCGCGCGCGCAGGCGCGGCGGCGGGCGGCGUGGCGGCGGCCGCGGCCGACAUCGACGCCGAGCCGCUGGACGCCGGCGGCGCCUGGGGGGACGACGACGACGUCCUCGCCAAGGCAGACAAGGAGGACAUUGGCGAUGGCGACGCACAGGAAGACGCGUGCGACGACGGCGGAUGGGACGUGGGCGACGAAGAUCUCGAGCUGCCGGAAGAACUGGCACCUGUAUCUGGCAAAGAUUUCUUACCGGACAUUGACGCGGAAGAAACGGCGGACUAUUUCGUGGCUCCCACUCGUGGUACCAGCGUGGCUUUGUCGAGCAAGCUCAAGACUGCACACGACCACGUAGCCACGGGGCAGUUCGAGGUCGCCCUCAGAUUGCUAAACGAGCAAGUGGGCAUAGUGAACUUCGAGCCGUAUCUGGAUACUCUGCUGGCCAUGUACGCGCGUGCUCGCAUGAGUUUCGGUGCUCUGCCGAAUGUGCCGCCGCUACACGCGCAUCUGCACCGCAACUGGAAGGAGGCCAGCGGGAAGGACCUGCUGCCCAUUGUCACUGCAAAACUAAACGACCUGGUCGCGCAACUACAGCAAUGCUAUCAAAUGACGACGGCCGGCAAGUUCACAGAGGCCAUCGAGCGUUUACAACGCAUCGCUCAGAGCGUGCCUUUGCUACACGUUGACACAAAACCUGAGCUUAGUGAGGCGCAGCAGUUGUUGACAAUCUGUAGAGAAUAUUUGCUUGGCUUGCAGAUGGAAACUGCUAGAAAAGAUACCGGAAUGCCGAAAAAUACCCUUGACGAGCAAAAACGCACAUGCGAAAUGGCAGCAUACUUCACACAUUGCAAACUUCAACCUGUUCAUCAAAUAUUGACCCUACGCACGGCACUGAAUAUGUUCUUCAAGCUUAAGAACUUCCGCACCGCUGCUUCGUUCGCUAGAAGAUUACUGGAGCUAGGGCCGAGGCCUGAGGUUGCGCAACAGGCGAGGAAGAUACUACAGGCCUGCGAGAAAACACCCACAGACGAGCACCAACUAUUAUACGACGAGCACAAUCCAUUCAACAUUUGCGGUAUUAGCUACAAGCCAAUCUACAGGGGCAAGCCCGAAGAAAAGUGCUCAUUGUGCAUGGCAUCAUUCCUACCAGAACACAAAGGAAAACUUUGCACAGUUUGUGGCGUAGCCGAAAUCGGAAAGGAUGUGUUAGGACUUCGAAUUUGCCCAUUACAAUUCCAGAGAUAAACGUCUAUUUAUAAAUUGAUUGUAUUUUUCAUUAUAUUGA